AUGUGUGUCUUCUUUGCAGGCCCAGCAACCAUGGCCCAUUACAAGGGCCAGCAGGAUGACUGGCUGACUGUCUAUCUGAAGUAUUUACUCUUUGUCUUCAACUUCUUCUUCUGGGUGGGGGGCGCAGGGGUCAUGGCCGUGGGCGUCUGGACCCUGGUGGAGAAGAGCGGCUACCUGAGCAUCCUGGCCUCCAGCACCUUCGCCACCUCUGCCUACAUCCUCAUCUUUGCAGGCACACUCGUCAUGGUGACCGGCUUCCUGGGCUUCUGCGCCAUCAUCCGUGAGCAGAAGAGCUGCCUCUCCACGUAUUUCUGCUUGUUGCUUGUCAUCUUCCUCGUGGAGCUGGUGGCAGGAGUCCUGGCCCACAUGUACUACCAGAAGCUGAGUGACGAGCUAAAGCAGCACUUGAACCGGACUCUGACUGAGAACUACGGGCAGCCCAGAGCGACGGAGAUCACAACCUCGGUGGACCGUCUGCAGCAGGAUUUCAAGUGCUGCGGCAGCAACAGCUCGGCCGACUGGCAGCACAGUGCUUACAUCCUAUCUCAGGAGGCCGAGGGCCGCCGGGUGCCUGACAGCUGCUGCAAGACAGUGGUGGCACGCUGCGGCCAGCGGGCCCACCCUUCCAACAUCUACAAGGUGGAGGGAGGCUGCAUUACCAAGCUGGAGCAGUUCCUGGCAGACCACCUGCUUCUCAUGGGGGCAGUGGGCAUCGGGGUGGCCUGCCUGCAGAUCUGCGGGAUGGUGCUCACCUGCUGCUUGCACCGGAGGCUCCAGCUGCAUUUUUACUAAUGGCCACCCUGUCCCCUCCUACUGCCUCUCCAAGUACAGAUGCCCAGAUCCCCUCUGCCAGGCCUGGAGAGCGGCAUCAGCUCAACUAGGGCCUUAGACUCCACUGACUCUGUGCCCAGCCCCUGGGAACCACGAAGUGCCUGAGACCACACACGGCUCCACUGCUCCUGCCUAGACCAGGGACCCUCAGCCCC